UUUGGCAAGAUGUCUUCCGCGCGUCCUCGCUUGUCCGCUUUUCCAGCUCCGGUGGGAAUGAUAAAGUGACUAGAAGACAGAAAAAGUCGGCUCUGCUUGUCCGAAAAGGAGCCGUGAACGUCGUUUUUGGCCCAGAGGAGCCGGAGAAGAUUCAUUUACUUUUAUAAAGCUGACUGUGCGUUUUCUUUUAAUCCACCAAAACGUGUGGGAGGAGCCUGCUGCGUGCUUCCGCUGUGAGCAGGCCGAGAGACAACAAUCUGCACUUCAGCUGAAGAGGAAACAGUGAGUCUGGACCAACGUUUUUGAUCGGAUUCUUGGGGGGGGUCUGCUGCUACACGUAUCUGGUGCACGGAGUAGCAGCAGGACUGCAAUGGAAGCCGAGUUUCGGGAAAUCGAUGAAAACGGGAGUUGGAACGCCAUUUAUCAGAAGAUUCGUCAGCUGUCCUGUGACCUUCCUUGCAAGCUUGCCAAAUUACCCGAAAACAAGACUCGGAAUCGUUACAGAGAUGUUAGCCCAUUUGACCACAGCAGAAUACGUCUACAGUUGGGUACAAAUGACUACAUAAAUGCCAGUCUAAUAACAGUAGAAGAGGCACAGAGACAGUACAUCCUUACUCAGGGACCCCUUCCAAACACAUGUGGCCACUUCUGGGAGAUGGUGUGGGAGCAGAGGACCCGCGGUGUGGUGAUGCUGAACCGAGUCAUAGAGAAAGGCUCUGUUAAAUGUGCGCAAUAUUGGCCGCACAGAGAAGAGAAAGAUGCUGUCUUUGAUGAUACCAAUUUCAAGCUUACUCUCAUCUCUGAAGACAUCAAAUCUUAUUACACUGUCCGUCAGUUGGAGCUGGAAAAUCUUUCUACACAAGAGACUCGGGAGAUUUUGCACUUUCAUUACACCACCUGGCCUGAUUUUGGGGUACCAGAGUCUCCAGCUUCCUUCCUUAACUUUCUGUUCAAGGUGCGCGAAUCAGGUUGCCUCAAUUCGGACCAAGGACCAGUGGUGGUGCACUGCAGUGCUGGAAUCGGGCGCUCUGGGACCUUUUGUCUUGUUGACACAUGCCUGUUAUUGAUGUCUAUCCGUAAGGACCCAUCUUCAGUGAAUAUCCGUGAUGUGCUGCUGGAGAUGCGGCGCUAUCGUAUGGGCUUAAUUCAGACAGCAGAUCAACUUCGCUUUUCCUACCUUGCUGUGAUUGAAGGUGCCAAGUUCAUCAAAGGAGAUGCAUCUCUGCAGGAGUCAUGGAAAGAACUCUCAAAUGAAGAAGCUGAUCCUCCAGAGUUCACACCUCCUCCCCCUCUGCCUCCUCCCAGAGACCCUCACAAUGGCAAAGUUGAGCCCUUCUUUUUUCCUGAAAAUGACGAGCUCAUCAGACAUGUGGAGGUCCGCAGUCUGGGGUUGUCACAGACGUCUGACCUGCGACAGAGAAAUGUUGGCGUCUCUCAGCCUCUUUCUGAAUGUGCCGAUCAGCCCGAUUGCCACACAGCAGUGCAAGAUCAUACCUCUAAAGCUUACGCUCAGUCCCAGCAGCAGCAUGACACAGAGGAGGAAAAGCUUUUGCAGGCAUCAGUGCAGCCACUUGAUGACUCUCCUGUGCCAGGGACAUGGUCCCCUCUUCUAGUCAGCGUGUGCCUGUGCACGGCAGUGGCUGUCAGUGCUUACGUCUGUUAUCGAGCCUGUUUCCACUGAUGUCUGUCGCUCUUCCUCUUGCUUUUCUUUUCACUGUUGUGAAAGAUGGACUAGGCUGGUCAGUUGGCUUUCAAUGGCUUCUAUUCAUUUGUUUUUUCCUUUAUUUUUUCUUUACAAAUUCAAUGCAAGGGCUGACUGAGAGUGAUAAAUCUCAGAUCCAUUACACCCAAACGUUGUUGUUUCAUGUUAUUUUGGAAGCUCAGGGCCUCCAGUGUUUAGGUCUCACAUCCAUGACUAUGUAUACCGUAUGCAGCUGUCUUUUUACCUCCCCUGGUCUUUGGACGAGGAUGACUGACCUGUUAGCUCAUUUUACAUGUAACCUCUCUCCUGUACCAUAUUAGAUUUCUUUGCUUUUCCGUUUUAUUUCAUUUUCAGCAAUGCACCAAAAAUCAGUCAUGUUUUUCCACCAGCCUGUCUACAGAUGUACCAGUAACAAGGUGCAUUUGAUCUCUUGUAAAUCACAAAAGUCAAGUGGACUUUGUUUAAAAAAAAAAGAAAAAAAAAAAAGUAAAAAAAAGUAAAAGAGAAGCCACCCUGGAAAGCACUAAAUGAAGAGAUGCAUGCGGAGCUGGACUUUAAAUUGUAAUUAGCUGGCCUUGUGCUGCAGGAGGCAUGCUGGUUGAAUACAGUACAUAUGUUACUUGUGUAUGUAUUUUUGUGUGGUGGAUAUUGGAGCUUUUUACAUGAUGCUUGAUUGAGAACUAUUUGUCAAUGUGAGGGUAAAUCCGAGUUGCUUCCUGGUGACAUUGUUUCACCUGCUGUUUCUCUCAUUGUAGCUCAAAAAGUUACAAAGAGCCGUUUUAAGGCAAAGUGGUAAAUCGCUGCAUGUUUCGAUGUUCCAUUGGACUUCCUGUCGGAUGUCUCAGGCUCCAUUUUGCAGGCAAUCACAAGCUGGUGUAGCUGAUUUUAAAUGUAAAUACCAAUAGACUUGUUGUGAUGUUCACUACUGUUUACGUCACUAAAUAUUUGGAGGAUUUUCUGGCAAGAGAAGUGAAAGAGCAAUGUAACGUGUGUGUACACCUGCAACGCAACCCAAUGCGUUUCACUGACGCGUGGGCUGAGGGAAGUGAGAGUCACUGACCUUGGUAGGCAGUGACGACAUACUAGAAUGCAAAGUCGCUGAAGUCCCAAUCCUUUUUCCAGCAAUACAUGCGUGCUGCAUUUCUGAGUGCUAAAUCGUCCUACCUGUCUCAACAGAAAACCAGGGAUUUUGAACAAAACCAAAACUCAAACACCAGCACUGGGACAACAACAGUACACUUUCGUGACCAUCUGUUUUGUCGUGGGGUAUAGCCCUGAGCUGGCAGUGUGUUGUUUUGUAUGUUGAUUACAUUUAACUUUUUAGCAUGAUGCAAUUGUGAAUCAACAGAUUUUCCAUUUGAUUAAA